AUGGUAUAUACAAGAGCCACUUUAUUUGCAGUGGAAGCAACUGAACUGCAAGAACUGCUGACUGUCGAGGAACUGUGGGAGAGAGUUAAACUUCCAAGAAAUUAUGAGAAGGAGUUCUGGCCUAAAUUACUUGUGCACAAAAUAAAACAACGACUAACCAAAAUGACUCAAUGUCGAAUCCGCAUGAGAAAGCUUGAAUUGAAAGUGAGGGAAAAGAUAAUGAUAGUGCCCAGAAAGGAGAAGAGAGAAGCUAGGAGGGAGGAAAAAACUAAAAAGGCUGCAGUUUUGGAUAAGAGCAUCGAGACUGAACUUCUAGAGCGCCUGAAGAAAGGUGUUUAUGGUGACAUAUACAACUACCCUAUCGAGGCAUAUAAUAAUAUCUUGGAAAUGGAAGGUCUCCAACCAAGUGCACCUGAAGAAGAAGAAGAGGCAGAAAUAGAGUAUGUUGAAGGCUAUGAUGGACUUGAAGAGGAAGAGGACAUGGAAGAUUUUGAUGGUCUCAUGAAUGAUGAAUCCUUUUUGGGCAAUGAUGAAGAUGGAAUGCAAGAAGAUAAUGAAGAAAUGGAUCGUUUAGAACAACACAUUCCCAAGAAACUACGAGCACUGUUGGAAUCUAAAUCACAAAAGACAGAUGGUGACUAUGCUGGCAAAAAGCCAAAUAGAAAGGGUCGGGUAAUAAUUGAGGUUGAGGAGGAAGGAGAUCCAAAACAGAAGGCACUUUUGUUAGAUUGAUUUCAUACAUGUGCUUUUCCUCCUUUUGUUGGCAUGUGGAAGAUCAUCAUCUAUACUCAUUAAACUAUAUGCACUGGGGUGCACCAAAAAUAUGGUAUGGAGUCGCAGGGAAAGAUGCCUUAAAUUUAGAGGAAGCUAUGAAAAAAAAUCUGCCAGAUUUGUUUGAAGAACAACCAGAGUUGCUGCACAAUCUUGUAUGCAUAUGUUUGGUUAUGUCUCAUGUGCAUUUUUUAUAUGUCGAGAUCUCCUGGUGCCUUAUCAAAGGGAUGAAAAGAUUGGACUUUUUGAUGGAGCUGGUGUGGGAAGACUGGAUUUAUUAUGGAAUUGAUGAUCAACAAUGUUGGAAAAGGUUGACGUGAAAGAAUCAGUAAGUGAGAAAGAGGAGUCCAAUGAAAUUCUACAAGUUGAAGAUUGUGAUGGAGCUUGGGUUGACAAUAAUUAUUUACAAUCCUAUAUGGCAUGAACCACCAUCACAAGUUUCUAGCCUUUUGACUAUUGUUCAUUAGUUGUAAAUGAAGUUUAUUUAUUUAUUUGUA